UGUCUCUGUGUGGUGGACCCUCCUGAUAUGAAAUUGAGAAGACCUCACCCUACCAGUCUACCACCCUGACAUAUAAUUGCACCCACAUUCACACACCCAUCUCUCUGUCUCUCUCUCUCCCUAGUCUUCUACUCUACAUUCACGUUAUCUGCAAUGAUCCCCAAAACCCAGGAAGCAUUGAAGAAUGAAGCAAUAGAUAGGAGUUCAGUCACAGUUAAAUCACAAACACCCACCAUAGAUCUCAAUGUGUACCAGUGAACGAAGUGCUUUUACUACAUGAGCGCCUGCUCCAAGGCACCCCGCUUAAAGAAAAGUUGGUUCAGAGAAGAGAAAAGAUGGGGGGGUGGAGAGAGUGAGUGCAGAGAGAAAGUGGAGAGUUGUUUCUCUUUCUCUGUCUCGUUGUGCUGUCUCUGUGGUGGUGACAGGCACAGCCAAAUGAGCUAACUAGGCUGAGUUGUUGCGACUUGGGACUUGGGGAGUUGGAUAAGGAUACGGAACUCUGAGGAGUUUUGUCAGACCAAUAAUUUCUGUUUACCUUUCCAAUCAAAAACUCUGGUUUUUGGAAAAAAUUGGGAGGAACCUUUUCUCGAGAAGUAUCUGGAUACAGAAGGGUUUCCAAAGGAGGAGAAAGAAGUGGUGUUCGGGGUUGAUCAAUGGGCUCCUUGGCCUAUUAUUCUUGAUAUUCUUGCUCCUUUCUUUCUUCUUCUUCUUUUAUUUAUUGUUCAUAGAUUUUUGUAUUAAACUCACCUUCCGGUGACCAUUUCUCCGAUGACCAUUUCUAAGUGGAGGGGUUGGAAAGAGUAGAAAACUGAGAUUCUUAUUAAAAAAACCUAAUUACCCUUACUUUUCUGGCAAUGAUGGCUACCCAAAAAAAACACAUCUCAUAUUCAUAAACAUCUAUUGUUGUUGUCUUUUUCUCAUUGAUUUCUGCAGAGUACCAUUUUUAGACCCUCGAAGUCUGUGAGCUUGUUUGGAGGUUUCCAGAGCCGCGGAAAAGGGUUUUCACAGCUUCUCUUUCUUAACUUCUGAUUGGUUUUUAUUCUUGAGAUAAUUUUGAAACACUGGUUCUUUUUGGAGGGUAUUGAAACAAAGGCAAGGAAGUGAUUCUGUUGCUCAGUCCUAUCUCUUUUCUCUCUCCUCUCUCUGCGCACCCAUUUCAAUUUUGUGGGGUUUGGAGCAAUCAGCCAUGGCUAAUAGGCAUGCUGCCAUAGGGAAUAGCAGUGGUGGUGGGGGUAGAUCAAUGAGAGAUGAAGAUUUUGAUGAAGAAGAUGUGUGGGCUGUUGUGAAGGACAGAGAAGAUUCAAGUCCUAUAAUGAGGAAAUCCAAGGAUUACUCCUCUGGUUCUUCAUCUUCUUCUUCGUCUUCUGCAUGGCGCCUACCCACUGCUCCAAGAGGGAUCAGAAGAGGCAACAACACUCCUUCCCAUGAAGCCAAGCUGGUUCAACACUCAUCAGCUCCAAUGAACAUCCCUGACUGGUCAAAGAUUUACAGAAAGAACUCAAGGGCUAUGCCAUGGGUUGAUGGUGUGGAAGAUGUCAAUGAUGCUGGCAACACUCAUCAAAUAUGUGUUGUUGAUGAUGAUGAUGAUGAUGAUGGAGAUGAUGACAUAGUCCCUCCACAUGAAUGGAUUGCUAGGAAGCUUGCAAGCAGUCAGAUUUCGUCCUUCUCUGUCUGUGAAGGGGUUGGAAGGACACUCAAAGGAAGAGAUCUCAGCAAAGUGAGGAAUGCUGUUCUGACAAAAACUGGGUUCUUAGAGUAGUGUCUUUUAUCAGCCCAGCACCCACCUCCACCACCAUCGUUCUCUGUUCUGUUCCUAUGUAAUCUUUUUCAAUUUCUUUUUCACAUUCAGCUUUACUGUUAGUCAGGUGGGGUGGUGGACCUAGGAUUAGAACAGAGUCUCUCUAAAAGCAGUCACAACUGCCUUUUCUUGGUGCUGUUUGGAAAUAGUGAAAAAAAAAUGAAGAACAGCCUCAGAGAUUUUUGUCUGUUAGGACUUGUGUUUUGGUUGGGUUGAUUGGAAAUUGCACCUAUGUAAGUGAAACUGGGGAUAUGAAAAAAGUAAUUGGUUAAUCUUCA